AUGUUUUACCCCUACCCCGAGCACAGUGAUUCUUUGCCCAGUCCUUCAAUAACUCCCUCCAGUCUGGAGGUGGAAGAAGGGACUCCAGUGAGGUUAAAGUGCUCCGCUGGAGCUCCCUGUCCCAUUCUUCCCCCGGCUCUGACUUGGACCCCAACUAUAGGUGACGUUGAGGAGAACCUGGAAACUAAAUUCAUGACCUCUGCUAUCAACUUCACCGCUUCUGACCUCCACAACGGACAGAGACUCGUGUGUGCUGCUCUCUACAACCAACAAAGUGCCGGCAGUCCCUUUGAGACUGAUACAACUUUGACCCUCCGAGUUCUUUAUUCUCCUAAAAACACAUCAGUCAGCUACCCUAGUCCUGUAAGAGAGGGAACCUCGGUGACCCUGAACUGCAGCGCCAACGCAAAUCCAGCUGUGAACAACUACACCUGGUACAAAGUGGAUGGAGGUCAGGAGACAGAAGUGGGUUCAAAUAACCAGGUUUUAACUACGGUCUCAGAAGCGGACGAACAAUUUUACUGCAAAGUCGCUAACAGAUAUGGAACCCAGAACUCCUCUAUUACUGAUAUGGACGUACAAUUUCCUCCCAAGGAAGUCACAGUAGUUGUCCAGCCUGAAGGUCCAAUACUGAAGGGCAGCUCUGUUACUCUGCUCUGCAAGACCAGUGCCAACCCACCUGUGUCCAACUACACCUGGUACAAAGAUGACAAAGAGGACGAGUCUGGAGAGAGCUGGGUUAUAAACCAUGUCGACCCGAGCUACAGUGGUGCCUACCACUGUGCAGCAAGAAAUGAGCUGGGGGAGGAAACAUCAGCAUCGAUUCAGCUGGACGUUCAGUUUGCUCCAGAGAUCCUGACUUCUUCCAGCUGCGUCACGAUUUCAUCCCAGAUCCGAUGCACCUGUAACAGCCAGGGGAACCCGCUCCCCUCCCUGGUUUGGGAAUUGGCCGGGAAGAAGGUCCAGCACUCUGCCGCCAUCCCAAUCAUGGAAGUUCCCCUUGGGAGUAUGGAAAUGAGGAGCAUCAUCACCCUGAACCAUCGGGAUGAUUGCAUGUCCUCAGUAGUCUGCCUCAGCCUCAACUCACUGGGCUCUGAUAGUUUUGAGUUCAACGUGACCUACAGUGAAACUGAGCCUCCAGGCGUUGACGCUCCGUCUCUUCUGGGCGGCUUUGCACUGGGAGCAGUGGGGAUGCUGCUGGUUUGUAUCCCUCUGCUGCUCUUCUUCUACAGGAAAAGUAAAGGCAAAGGAUUAGUGGACGCUUCUGACGUUGUAGUCACUAACGGGACCAAUUCUUCAAUGGUGCAUGCAAUUUAUGACAACAAAGCCGUGCUGAAAGACGAAGAUGAGGAUGACUCUCUCCACUACGCCAACGUGAACUUCGUUAAACGCCAGGUCGAGUCAGAGGGGAAGCUUGGGGAAGGAGAGAUCAGAGGUCUGGACUCCAGGACGACUGAGUACGCCGAGAUUCGUCUGCAGUCGAGAGGAAACAACGGAGAAGGAGCCACGAAGGAAGAAGAGACACUCGCUGACACUCAUUUGAGACCAGGGGAAGACACGGUUGGUCUCAUAGGACAAGCUGGUGGGAAGGUUAUGGCUUAACGAUAAGCAAAAUAAUAAUCACUCUAACUCUUUUUCUUAUGAGUCUGGCACGUCACCAUUAAAAGUUACCCCAUAAUCAACCAUAACAGUAAAUGUUCCCUUGAAAUACAUGACAUUUAUUUUUCUAUGUGGUUCACUAGUAUAGAUAAAUGCUAUUAUAUUUGUUGUAUAUGUAAUAUUUCAAUGCUAACUCUUAUCUUGCAUGUCUGUUAAUUUAUUAUUUUAAAUCUUUGUGCAGAGAAAGAAGCAUUUACAGGUUGUCACACUUUUUUAUUGAUUUUUUGUUGUUGUUGUUAAAAUACAUAUUUGUGCAUGUUUAAAAAAACAAACAAAUAAAGACAUUCUUCCUGCACUUCACUUACAAGAGCUGAAGUCAAAGCACAUUAUGAAAUGCAGCAUUAUGCAUAUGGCACAUUGUGUCAACACACAUUUUGUAAAUGAGGCUCAGUAAAGCAACUUCUGCACAGCGUUACAACAUCGAAGUCGUGUUAUCUUGUGCUGUUCACAUGCUGUCAUAAAAAAUGUCAAUAAAUUU